UCUGGUUGUUUUUCCUUCCCUCUUCCUCUCACUCACAAUCCAGAGUAGUCAUGUUAGCCACUUAGCUCGCACAAAAACUACAGGAAUAUAAACAUUGUCACUUUUUCUUUUGAGGAUUUGCGUUUUCGUGUGAAAACAUGAAUUUAUUACCAUCGAAUCCUCAUGGGAACGGGCUCUUGUACGCUGGAUUUAACCAGGAUCACGGAUGUUUUGCCUGUGGGAUGGAAAAUGGAUUCCGUGUGUACAACACAGAUCCACUCAAGGAGAAGGAGAAACAAGAGUUCCUGGAGGGCGGGGUCGGACACGUGGAGAUGCUGUUCAGAUGUAACUACCUGGCUCUGGUGGGAGGAGGGAAGAAACCCAAAUAUCCUACAAACAAAGUGAUGAUCUGGGACGACCUGAAGAAGAAGACAGUCAUUGAGAUCGAGUUCUCCACUGAGGUCAAAGCAGUGAAGCUUCGUCGUGACAGGAUUGUUGUGGUCCUGGACUCCAUGAUCAAAGUCUUCACAUUUACCCACAAUCCCCAUCAGCUGCAUGUGUUUGAGACCUGCUACAACCCCAAAGGACUCUGCGUCCUGUGUCCCAACAGUAACAACUCCCUGCUGGCCUUUCCUGGGACCCACUCGGGCCACGUCCAGAUCGUGGACCUGGCCAACACAGAGAAACCUCCUGUGGACAUCCCGGCCCACGAGGGCUCACUGUGCUGCAUUGCUCUCAACCUGCAGGGAACCAGGAUCGCCACGGCCUCAGAGAAGGGAACUCUGAUCAGAAUCUUUGACACGGCUGCAGGUCAGUUGAUCCAGGAGCUGAGACGAGGGUCUCAGGCUGCCAACAUUUACUGCAUCAACUUCAACCAGGAUGCCUCCCUGAUCUGUGUGUCCAGUGACCACGGCACCGUCCACAUCUUUGCUGCCGAAGACCCCAAGAGGAACAAACAGUCCAGUUUGGCCUCGGCCAGUUUUCUCCCCAAAUACUUCAGCUCAAAGUGGAGUUUCUCUAAGUUCCAGGUUCCUUCAGGUUCUCCGUGUGUCUGUGCCUUUGGAACAGAACCGAACGCUGUCAUUGCCAUCUGUGCUGACGGCAGUUACUACAAGUUCCUGUUCAACCAAAAGGGGGAGUGCUCACGGGACGUGUACGCCCAGUUCCUGGAGAUGACCGAUGAAAAGAUUUGACCUUUGACCUGUCUGCAGACAGACAUUUAUUCUUGACUCUUUUUUUUUUGACAUUUUAAAGAGACUGGAUGUCUGUCCUCUGUCUCCUGGGAUGGAAACACACACACACACACACACACUCACACAUGUUUUUGAGACGUCUUCCGAGGACUUGAUCUUUUGAGGAGGUAGUCAGUCACCAGUCCUCUGUGGAACCCAGAACUGUUGAGAGUGAAAGAACUCAAAGAAGACAGAACUGUUCUCUGUCAGCCACUGUCUCUGCUCCAUGAAGACCAUGGAGACUCUCCAGGACGUCCAGGCACUGAUGGAACUGUUUGUCUCCACCGCUGUGUGUGGGACCAAAGAGCAGAAACACUGGGAACUUGGUAGAACUGUGCAACGCAG